AGCGUGCCUUUUACGAGCCCAAGCUACUCUCCGAGAUCUGGCUGGCGGCAGAUUGGCAUUAGAUGUGCGCAGGAGCCGGAACCUAUUAGCUUUGUCAGCCCUUGGAGAGGAAGGGCCUAAUAACCAUAACCACGGAGCCAGCACUCAGGUCUUCUUGCAGUGAUGAGCCCUCCCAUGCUGCCCCCGCGCCAGCGGAGCCCCCGACCCCUUCUGUGGAGCCGGGGAAAGAGAAAGGCCCUGGGACCUCCGCUCCUCCGGAACCAGAUAGAGAAACCCUUGUGGAGGAGGUGGUCGUUGGAGAGCAAGGGCAAGAACUCGCCCAAACUGAAAGCUUUCCCGAGGUAGAGGGAGCAGUUCCCGAAUUUGCAUCUGGGGAACCAAUGGAGGAAGACUUGGACCCAGUCCCAGAAUGUGAGGGAUACUAUUCCUGGAGCUACAAUUUCUCCCAGCCACCUCGUCUUCUCAGUGACUCCUGGUCUGAGUUCAACUUUCAACAUGAAAACUUCUUAAAAGGCUGUAAAUGGGCUCCAGAUGGCUCCUGCAUCUUGACCAACAGUGCCGACAACAUCUUGAGGAUUUAUAAUCUCCCCCCAGAACUGUAUAAUGAAGAGGAAGAGGUCAAGAAUACAGAAAUGGUCCCAGUUCUGCGCAUGGUGGAAGGUGACACUAUUUAUGAUUACUGUUGGUAUUCUCUGAUGAAUUCAGGCCAGCCAGACACCUGCUUUGUGGCCAGUAGCAGUCGUGAAAAUCCCAUCCAUAUUUGGGAUGCCUUCACUGGGCAGCUCCGGGCUUCCUUUCGGGCUUAUAACCACCUGGAUGAAUUGACUGCUGCCCAUUCCCUCUGCUUCUCUCCGGAUGGCUCACAGCUCUUCUGUGGCUUCAACAGAACUGUUCGAAUCUUCUCCACAUCCCGACCUGGGAGACAGUUUGAAACAAGAUCCACAUUUGCCAAAAAACAAGGCCAGAGUGGGAUCAUUUCAUGCAUCGCAUUCAGCCCAACCCAACCUCUCUAUGCCUGUGGCUCCUAUGGAUGCUCCCUUGGUCUGUAUUCCCAGGAUGAUGGCUCUGCUCUUGCUCUAUUUGCGGGGCAUCAUGGGGGCAUCACCCACCUUUGCUUCCAUCCUGAUGGCAACCGUCUCUUCUCAGGGGCCCGAAAGGAUGAUGAGCUCCUGUGUUGGGAUCUCCGGCAGCCAGGCCACUUACUUUUGUCCUUGAAUCGAGAAGUCUCUACUAAUCAGCGUAUUUAUUUUGACCUGGAUCCGACAGGACAAUUCCUAGCAAGUGGCAGCACUGAUGGAGUUGUGUCGGUAUGGGACACCAGUGGGGUUGGGGUAAACCAACAGGAGCCACUAAUGAGUUUUCUACCUCAAAAGGACUGCACCAAUGGCAUUAGCCUACACCCAAGCAUGCCUCUGCUGGCCACAUCCUCUGGCCAGCGUGUUUUCCCUGAGCCGACAAACAGUGAGGAUGAAGAGGGGCAGGCAAACGGAGUUCCCCUGCUCUCACUGAGCCAUGCCCACCCCGACUUUCGUCUGCAGCUAUGGUGGUGUGGGGGUGCUUCUGAUACAGAAACCCCUGACUGUAAAGAAAUGGGGAAGGAAUGUGGUUCUGGGGAGGGAGAACAUGGGCCUGUAUAAAAAGGUUUUCUGACAUGGCA